GGGAUCCAUCCUGGUUGAUGAUCCUGUCCCGAGGCAGGACUUUCUUCCUUCUUAUUUCGGUUAUGAUCUGUUGCUGCCUUCCCAACGAUUCCGUGCUUUUGAGAAGCGCUGACCGCUUCUGACCCUGGUUAUCCCCGCUGUAGCCCUGUCGCACAGAGCUUUUAGCAGCGGUUUUAUUAUCUUGACCCACAGUACCGUUACCGUUCACGAUGGCUGGUCCUAUCCAUACCUAUGGCCCGACGUGCCUUUUACGCGAAGAUGACCCGGAGCCGUCCGCAUGGUAUGCGCUGGACACGCCGCCCAAAGUUCGUGCUCAAUUCUUCUAUAAUUCGUCGUUACCCAUCGAUGAUCCCUUGAGUUCGCUUCCUCCGCCAGCGGCCGAUCCCGAGGAUGAAGACGGGCCACCCCAGCCCUUCUCGGUCAAGGACAAUAUCGCGCUGGAGGAAGCUUGGUUGUCCGCGCACGAGGCGGCAAAGCAGAAGGCAUCUGGAAAGGCAGAGUAUCAGGAGAGUUCACAAUCAAAAAGAAACUCCGUGCUGUCGAUACCAGAGCAAAAUCCAGUCUUAGGGGCCGGGCACAACAAGCCUGCCAAAGACCUCGCGGGUAGCCUGGUCGGGAAUCGACGAAGCUCAACAAGCGCUCCCGCGCGCUCUCUGGACUAUGACGCGCCAAUCAGACCUCGCACCCAUCAAGGGACAGGUAGUGUCGAGUCGGGAUCCGGGCAAUACUUGGAAGGCUUACACACUCGCGCUUCAUUGGACAGAAACGUAGGAGAAAGAGAUAAGGCCGGCAAUAUCAAUCCUCCCAAGAGAGAUAACUCUCCGACUGGUAACCGUCAUGCCAAUAGGCGCCGUGUUAGUCAGUCCCCGAAAAGUGACGAUACGGCGAUCGAAGUUCCCGAGAGCUCCAGUCCUCGCGGCUACAGAUCUCGCGAGGCGAGCAUCAGUGGUUCCCCGUUUGCAAGGACUGGGUUUACUCAACCCCAGAGUCCAUUAGGACGCUCCGUUGAAUCUGCUUCGUCCAAGGAUGAUGUCCAGGCGCCCCGUAGCGAGCAACACACUAGAAGUCAUAGUCACUCGGCUCCUAAACCGUCAGGACUCAGGACGAGUGUUCACCUUGAACGGUCUCCAGAUGAGCCUUUGGAGGAGGAGGAGGAGGAAGGGCCCAGUGAGAGCCAGAUCCCUCAAUUCCAGAUUCCUGUGGGUGUUUCUCGACUUCACCUAGUGGAGCUUCCAGAUUUAAAGAUGAAACCAAUAUAUUGGCGUCCUCUUCACGAUAUAUCGAACGUCGUCCGAUCUACGUGGUUCUACAAGAAUACCAUGUUACCUGUGGAGACCGAGCUUGCCAACAAGCUGGAGGACGGAUAUGUCUACCUAAAGCCGUGGACGGAGACGUGGCAAGAUGAACUCAACAGCUGUGUUGAAAAUGGGGCGGAUGCUGAGAUGAAGGUUAUGCAUCGAUUAUGGCCAAAGGACAUCACCCGACCGCAGAGCAGGGCCACGUCUUCUCCCGAGCCCGGAGAAUCGGGUUCUGCAGCUAGCGUGACGGAUGCGGAGCACAGCAUAGAGGUUGCGCUCCUUGAUGAAAAUCGCGCCGCUGGCGGCACAACGCUACACACUUCGGACACGAACCCUUAUAUCAACUCGAGUGUCAUCUACGUUGGCGGAAUUCAUGCUCAGAUUCUCCGUCCGAGUUUACUCCCAUCGGCAUCCAGGGGCCGGAGACCUCUCAGCGCAAUCCGCAAAGGGCGGCAGAUUGGUAUCCCAGUGGUUCGUGGCUUCAGUCGCAAAUUAUGGGACCAUCUGCAUCCAUCCAAGCCUAGCCCUGUGGAUGUCCGGAACUAUCUCCGGGGUACCCAAUCUCGCUCCAUGCCCAGAACAUCCGGGCGACCAGUUUGCUACUCCUGUGCGAUAGAGGAGUCGCGGCCGAACCCGACCGACUUGGUGCUCGUUAUUCACGGUAUCGGACAGAAGCUCUCAGAGCGCAUGGAGAGCUUUCACUUCACGCAUGCUAUCAACGCCUUCCGCAGAGAAAUCAACAUGGAACUGAACAGCGAGCCAGUCUGGCCACAUGUGCGCCCAGGUCACGGCGGCAUCAUGGUCCUGCCUGUCAAUUGGCGUUCGACUCUAUCUUUAGAAGACGCCAGCCUGGAAGCUCAUAACGUUGAGGAUCCGACUGCCAAUCAUUUCACGUUGAAAGACAUCACCCCGGAGACGAUUCCCGCCGUCAGGUCUUUAAUCAGCGACGUGAUGCUCGAUAUUCCAUAUUAUCUCUCCCAUCACAAACCCAAGAUGAUACAAGCGGUCGUCAAGGAGGCGAAUCGCAUAUAUCGUCUUUGGUGCAACAAUAAUCCCGGGUUCCAGGAGCAUGGUAGAAUUCAUUUGCUUGCGCAUUCCCUCGGGAGCGUGAUGGCGAUGGACAUUCUGAGCAACCAGCCUACCAAAAUCCCCCACUUUGAUUUCUCCCAACCUGACAUCCGCAGUGACAUUUUCGAGUUUGAUACAAAGAAUUUGUUCCUCUGCGGCAGUCCCGCUGGAUUCUUCCUCCUGCUGAACAAAGCAAACUUAAUGCCCCGACGAGGCAGAGACAAGCCCGGCAGUGAAGGAGAAGACCUGUUCCGCGGAGUCGCAGGCGAAGCGAACAAAUACGGGUGUCUCGCCGUAGACAACAUCUACAACAUCAUGCACACAACCGACCCAAUCGCCUACCGCAUCAACGGCACAGUCGACAACGACCUAGCCCAUACCCUCCGCCCAGCAACCAUCCCCAGCGCCACCUCCUCCUUCUGGGCCUCCCUCGGCAGCGUCUUCCGCUGGAGCACCCCCUCCUCCCCCUUCCACACCUCCAGCUCCACCAACCCCGCCCGCCCCGGCGCCCUCCGCAAAAUGCCCACCACCGUCGAAAUGGAGACCCACGAUUUCACCCGCGAGGACAUCGCCGAGCAGCGCAUGCUCCUCCUCAACGACAACGGCCAAAUCGACUACUUCCUCUCCGGCGGCGGCGGGCCCCUCAACAUCCAGUAUCUGAAUAUGCUGAGCGCGCAUAGCAGCUACUGGACGCUGACGGAUUUCGUCCGCUUCGUCGUUAUUGAGAUUGCGAGGAAGCAGGGCAGGGAGUAUGCUUUGCCGGCGUUUGCGGCGGUGAAGAAGGGCGGGUGGAAGAUUCAUAGGGGUUGGGGUGGUUGAUUUUUUUU